ACCAAACCAAACCCCAUUCCCACCCGCAACGACCAAGAGACCUCGCCUUGCCCGCUACCCCACCAAACUCCCCUCCCUCUCGCCGCGCAACCGCACCACCGCGCGCUGCCGCAUCGCUGUGUUAUGGAGGUCGCCGGCGCCCGCGGGUCCGGCGGCGGCGGCGGCGGCGGAGGGGGUGGCGGGGGCGGGGGCGGACCGGCGCCGUUCCUGCUGAAGACGUACGAGAUGGUGGACGACCCGUCCAGCGACGCGGUGGUGUCGUGGAGCGACGCCUCCGACGGGAGCUUCGUGGUCUGGAACCCGCCCGAGUUCGCGGCCCGGAUGCUGCCCACCUACUUCAAGCAUAGCAACUUCUCCAGCUUCAUCCGCCAGCUCAACACCUACGGCUUUCGCAAAAUUGACCCGGAGCGCUGGGAAUUUGCCAAUGAGUACUUUGUCAAGGGACAGAAGCACCUGCUGAAGAUUAUCCACAGGCGAAAGCCCAUCCACAGCCACAGCCAUCAACCUGGUGCCCUGCCUGACAAUGAGCGUGCGUUAUUUGAGGAUGAGAUUGACAGGCUUUCACGAGAGAAAGCUGCCCUUCAGGCUGACCUCUGGAAGUUCAAUGAGCAGCAUUCGGGGGCCGUGAGCCAGAUUGAAUAUCUUGAGCGACGAGUGCUCGACAUGGAGCAACGGCAGGUCAAGAUGCUCAGCUUCUUGCAGCAGGCUAGCAAGAACCCGCAGUUUGUCAGCAAGCUCACUAAGAUGGCAGAGACGUCCUCGAUCUUCGCAGCAGUUCACAAGAAGCGAAGGCUACCUGGGUUGGAAUACAGCGCCGGGGCUGCUGAAACUACCAGUAGCUUUUAUGACGACCACAGCAGCAGUUCCAGGCAAGAGAUGGGCAACGUUUUGAACCAGCACUUCUCCGACAAGCUCAAGCUGGGGCUCUGUCCUGCGAUGACCGAGAGCAACCUCAUCACCCUGAGCACCCAAAGCUCGCACGAAGAUAACGGGAGUCCUCACGGCAAGCAUCCAGACUGCGAGAGACCGGGCGUGGAGUGCCUCCCGCUGGUUCCACAGAUGAUGGAGCUCUCCGACACUGGGACAUCCAUCUGCCCCUCAAAGGGGCAGAGCGUGAGCUUCGCAGCAGCCGCGAACGACGAUGGGCUCCUGCCGUGCCACCUCAACCUCACCCUCGCAUCGUGCUCGAUGGACGUCAAUAGAAGCCAAACUUCGGACGCGAACGGAAACUCUGUGGAAGAGGAGAAGGACGGUCCACCGGAGGCGACCGCAGCAACCAUGGAGGACGACGACGGCAUCAGACGCCACGGUGAUACCCAGCACAAGGCUUCAGGCGACUCAGCCACUGCAGCGGACACCACGGUGCCGCCAGAUCGGGACAGCCAACAAGCUCUCCCUCCCCACGAAGAAGCUGCAGCUCCCCCUGUUGUGGCGAACGACAAGUUCUGGGAGCAGUUCCUGACGGAGAGGCCGGGGUGUACGGACGCCGAGGAGGCAAGCUCCACCCUGAGGAGGGAGGAUCCGUACGAGGACACGAGGAGUGACAGGAGAGAUAUGGGACAGCUGAAGCUCUGACCUUCAGAUUAGCAUGAGCACUUCCCAGAUGGGAUGCAGACGUACAGUGUUAAGCGUGACAUGGACUGCGUAUGUAGUGAUUGUAAGCAGCGUCACUGGGAGUACAUAUUAUCACAGGAGAUCAGCCGUUAAUGGUCGGUUUGUGCAUUGUUUA